CGGCGGCGGCAGGGAGCCUGGAAACGCGAGCGGGGAUGGUAGGUGUUUUGGACCCGCCGGGCCGCCGUCGUUUCCAGAAAGGGUUUGACUGGAGAAACCUCUGGAGCAGCUAUGUUGAUACCAGUGAACCAGGAUCAAUUCUCCCUAAAUGUUGGAACAGUGUUCUGAAGCUCUCUGCACAAUGGACCAGGGUGUUUUAUUGAUUAAGGAAGAAGCAGGAAGAAGACCCUCAAAGAACCUUAGAAUAUCUGGCAUGAUAGUUUUUCAAAGUGGGCUAUGCGGAGCCCUCUCAGGGGUCAUUUCUGGAGUAUGCCCCCUCAUCUCGCUGUCUUCCUUCCACUUCACUGCCCCCCCCCUCAACCAUGCUUCACUCUGCAGAAGGUUGGCUGGCUCCUCUGGCUGAUGGCAUGUUGAGGCACGUGGGCCAGUGGCAACAAGGGCAUCCAAUCCAGAGGGGGCCACUCUAGAGGCCAGGCCACCAGCAUCAUGGGCCAGUGUGUCACCAAGUGCAAGAAUCCCUCAUCAACUCUGGGUAGCAAGAAUGGAGACCGUGACCCCAGCAGCAAGUCACACGGGAGGCGGGGUGCAGGCCACCGUGAGGAACAGCUGCCAGCCUGUGGCAAGCCAGGUGGGGAUAUCCUUGUCAAUGGGACCAAGAAGGCAGAGGCUGCUACUGAGACCUGCCAGCUGCCAACAUCCUCAGGAGAUGCUGGGAGGGAGCCCAGGUCAAAUGCCGAGGAGUCUUCCUUGCAGAGGUUGGAAGAACUGUUCAGGCGCUAUAAGGAUGAGCGGGAGGAUGCAAUUUUGGAGGAAGGCAUGGAGCGCUUUUGCAAUGACCUAUGUGUGGACCCCACGGAAUUUCGAGUGCUGCUCUUGGCUUGGAAGUUCCAGGCUGCUACCAUGUGCAAAUUCACCAGGAAGGAGUUUUUUGAUGGCUGCAAAGCAAUAAGUGCAGACAGCAUUGAUGGGAUCUGUGCACGGUUCCCUAGCCUCUUAACAGAAGCCAAACAAGAGGAUAAAUUCAAGGAUCUCUACCGGUUUACAUUUCAGUUCGGCCUGGACUCUGAAGAAGGGCAGCGGUCACUGCAUCGGGAAAUAGCCAUUGCCCUGUGGAAACUAGUCUUUACCCAGAACAAUCCUCCAGUAUUGGACCAGUGGCUAAACUUCCUAACAGAGAACCCCUCGGGGAUCAAGGGCAUCUCCAGGGACACUUGGAACAUGUUCCUUAACUUCACUCAGGUGAUUGGCCCUGACCUCAGCAACUACAGUGAAGAUGAGGCCUGGCCAAGUCUCUUUGAUACCUUUGUGGAGUGGGAAAUGGAGCGAAGGAAAAGAGAAGGGGAAGGGAGAGGUGCACUCAGCUCAGGGCCCGAGGGCUUAUGUCCCGAGGAGCAGACUUAGUGGCUCUGUCUCAGGAGCAGCAGCAAGGAUCUGCCCGCUGCCCUGCAGCCAACCAAGGAAUUGGACCUUUCUGGAAAUUACUGAAGAUCCGGAUAUUUUCUACUUUACACCUUUCUCUGCCUUGUAUCUGAAAGGGCUCUAAAAUGCUGUAUCAUGUUUUAGGCACUUUCUUCACUUUUUGGUUAUUUUGGUUAUUUCUUUUUUGGGGGGAGGGUCCCCCAAAAUAUUUGAACCUGGCUACAUGUUGUGUAUCUUUUUUUUUUUUUUUUUGAAGCCUUCAGAUAGAAUAAGCCUGCCACUUCUUGCACAAAUUA